UUUAUAACUAAUACGGAAAACAGCCGGAUAAAUUUACGAGCUAGCCAACAAACGGGCUAAAUUCAAUUAAAAAACACAAUUAAAAACUUGGUGAAUGGGACGAUACACAAAACACGCUAAAUAAACUGCAGCUGCGGGUAAUUUUACGUAAGAAUUAUAAAGUGCGCAGUGUGGACGAACUCAGACUCAAUUACAAAAAAAAGAACACAGUCAACACACUCCCAAACAAACACUUGCAAAUAUUUUAUAUUUGUUCAUGCAUGUGUGUGCGUGUGUGUAAGUGUAAGCCGAAACUAACUAACAAUCGACAUUGGAUCAAGCGUGACACCACCUGUUUGUUUAUAGCGGCGACAUACUAGAGUUACAAAAAUCGUUAGCAAAUUGCGUACGCAUGUGUCAGACACAAAACAAUUGUUUAUAAUUGUACAUGCACAGCUAUACAUAUGUUCAUAUGUAUGUAUAAAAACCUCAUGUGUGUACUAACCUAUGCGCAGUUAAAGUUUAGCCUGGUCGCGUGUUGUACUAUCAAAUAAAUCCACUAUUUAUGGCUUCAAAUGCACAGCUCGGAAAAAUCAUAUUGUUCAGCGCUAUUGCCGUGUUCUUUUAUUACUUCUUCUGGGUAGCGAUUCUGCCGUUUAUGAUACUCGAUGAAGGUAACCCCAUACGUUCCUUGUUUCCGCCAUUGAAAUACGCAUUUAUAGUGCCCACUGUGUGUGGUGUAAUUUUCUUGGGCGGCAUAGCCGUGUUUUCGUUCUAUCACAUUUGGAGCUUUACAAAGGCAAAACGAGCCUAAAAGACCUGACAACAAAAAAAGUU